AUGUUGGCGGCUGUGUUUAUUGCCGAAACUGUGCCGGACUUUGGCCCUUUAAUGAGUAUCGUCGGUGGAUCGACGAUGUCGUUGACAUCGCUCAUAUUCCCGUGUUUCUUCUAUUUGUAUUUAGUGGUCAUUGAUAAACGCACACCUGAAAAGAACACUGGCGACAACUAUGAAAUUCCCAUGAUCGGCACCAUCGGCGGUUUUUGUGCCACCUAUUCAGGUGUGCGUGACUUAUUGACCACGAAUUUCUCACCGCCUUGCUAUGUGCUACCGUUCAAAACCAACGUAACAACGCUGAUUGAUUCGCGUACACAUACGAACUGUUGUGGUGUUGGACAAAAUAUUUCUGUGAAUGGAAAUGCGGCCGAAGUUUGCAGUCCAUUUUUGGACUACUAUAGCCAAUUCUAA